CGAUGUAAAAAACGAGAUCCAAAAAGAUGGCGGAUGCAAGAGAAUUGCAGACCAAUUUGACCGAAUAUCGCGCUCAAUUAAGACAGGCAAGUUACCUAAUUCGACAAUUUUACGUUCUUAUUUUGUAUGAUACGUAUAUAUGAUAACGAUGAAUAUGAAAGACGGAACAAAGGGUUCGAUUUGCAGUCUAGAACAAGUCUGGGUUUUUGAUGUAUUUUUGUAAACUUAUCCAUUUGAAAGGAGAUUUUGUUGAUUUUGUUGAUUUUGUGGAAUGUAUUGUGGUUGCCUUUAUCAGCGACUUUGUCAUGAAGUAGAAACUGUUUCAGUUGUUAAGAGUGAGUAAGGGGUUUUCUAGCAAUACGAAAUUAGGUAGAUUUUGUUAUUGAAUACCAGCUGCUAAACUCUAAUUAUACUCUUGAUAUAAAAAUUAUACUUCUUAAUAUUCUUACUUUUAACAAAUCUUAGAAUUGUCUUUUUAUAAUGUAUGUUCCGCUGAUCUUGAAGGUGGUCUGUCUUGUGAGGGGUAAAUGACUCUUAUAGAUUAUUCUGGUGGCAUUUUUUCAUCAACUGUACAUGUAUUGUGUAGAGUGCUAGUGAUUCAAUGAUAAAUGGAUGAGCAGAAAAAUGAUUGAUUGUCAUUUUAUACAAUAAUAUUAUUGGAUGGUUUUUUGUGAUAUCCAUAAUAAUCACGGUCCAGGUAAGUUUUAUCAGUUGUUUUUGUUGAGAUAACAUCAAACACACCAUUGCAUAGAACAAAGUGAGACAUUCCUCUUCGAAAUCAUGCAUUGUGCAGGUAACCUACAGAUUAGUCAGUUAUCUUCUAGCAGUUACCUAACUUACCUGUGCGCUGAUUUCCAAACUUUGCUCUAUGUUUCUAGCCAAUGAGAAGACAGAUAGUGAACACCAUGAAUAAAAAUAAAUUUUAUUUUUAUGAAGGGAAAAGUUACCAUGUAACAUGUGGGUAUUCUAAAUAGGUUGAAGCAGCAUUGACUACAGACCCAGGGAAUGAAGAACUAAAGAAACUAAAACAGGAUUUAGAAGUAAGUUUGAGUUUUCGAUCAUUAAAGUUUUGGCCACAAAUUCUUGGAUUUGUUCAUUGUUUUUUGUAUGAAUUGGUACAACUUGUUGAACUAGGACUUGCAGACUUGGAUGACAUUUAUUUUAACAAUGAUUUUUUAUUUCUCUUGUCCAGGAAGUGAUCAAUCUUACAUUAGACCUUUUAAAAGUAAACGAGGUAGGAGCCAUGAUCUCCAUGAUGUUAUUUUACAGCAGUAACCGCGCAACAAACAGAACGGGGGAAAACAAAGUACAGUGGAACCCACAUAAUAUACAUGUACAUACACAAAUGGGACAUUCCACGAUUGUCUGUAUUACAGGCCCUCAGAAAAAAUGCUGCAGACACUGUUUUAUUGAUUAUGUUACAGAUACUCUGUACAAUAGAGCUUGGGACUCAGAAAAGUGUCUGUUGUCCAUAUUAACUGAUUGCUAUAUUAGGUGGGUUUUUGUCAGGACAGAUGAAACUGUGUGCUAUACAGUGGAUUUAUAUGGAUGUUCAUUUUAAGUUGGUGUCUGAAGAGCAGAGUUCCACUGUACUGAUGAACCCCAUUAUGCAGUCUGUGAAGGGCCAUGAGAAUUCAUUUCCUGCGGAAUGCUCCCCCUUGACUUGCUCAGUUUAUAGAAAUAUCUCAAGUCCCAAAAGUGGGUUGGCUUAUUACAUGUAUAUUUGUACAAAAAACAAGCUUCUAAAGUUGGAGGCUCAUUAUCAUCAUUAGAAGGGGGAUUAAAAGAUUAAUGGAGUGGGAGUGCUUAAUGGAACCUUAAAAGUAAUAAUAUUACACACUGUUUAUCAUUUGUGCUGUUACAUGCUUAUUAAACUACAGUUACAGUUGACUCUCUCUUAACGGACACCUCUAUAAGAUGGACACCUCUGUAAAACGGACACCUAGAGUUGGUCCCUGCCUUUCUUUCCUCCCUCUAUUUGACUCUCUAUAAGACGGACAUCUCUCUAAGACCCACAGCUAGUGCCGGUCCUAAAGGUGUCCGUCUUAGAGAGAGUUGACUGUAUUACCUGUCUGUCUGUUAUUCUGUGUACUUUACAAGUUAUAUUAGUAUAAUCUUACAUGACUUGUAUUUUCUUUUCAGAAAGGAAGUACAAGCAGUGGUUCCACAUGGAAAGUAGGGGAUAGAUGCCAAGCAGUAUGGAGUCAAGAUGGCAGGUAAACUGUUACUAAGUAAUAUGCUUCAGUUUUCUAAAUAAGGUACACUUUAUCGACAAGUUCCCCAUGCAUGAUUGUAGAUUAAACUUACAGGCUGUAGAUUUUCCUAACAAUAAUCAUGAAACAUAAUAUUCUCAUUGUGUACUUGAGAAAUGAAAUUUUCAGGAAAAACGAUGCUGAAAAAUGGCAUUUCUGACAGUGUACAUGUAGUAUAAUGGAACUGUAGAACUAGCUCUUUUGCUGACACGGACCAAAGGCCUAGGCUGGCUAGGAGGAAUUGUGUUUUUUUUUCUGAGUUCAUUAUGUUUAGUUGUAUGUUGCAAAUUCAAAUCAGUUUAGGUCCGCAUUCAUUUGAACUCCUAACUUUUAUUUGCCAAUUUUGUUAUAUGUGUUCGUAGACAUUUGGCAAUUGUUAGCUUUUGUGUACCUCUGCCCCUAAGUUGUCGACACCGCAUGAAAAAAUCAUUUGAUUACCUAGCCUCCCAUGCAGACGUUCUUAGGGGUUCGUCACGCGUUCCUGCCCCACGAACGUCUGCUGACCGGCAAGAUAAAUUCCUUUCCCAUUGUUCUCAAAUAUCUGCUGGAGAUCACAUGGAGAUUAUCGGAGAUCCAAUUGGCGUUGUUGAAGUCAAAGUGUUGACAAGCCAAACACAUACGUACAAGCUCUGUAGAGUGUGAUACGUGAGCAAAGAUUUUUGCUCCAGACGAGAAUAUAGGAGAUAAGCGUUGGCUUUUUGUACAUUUUUCUCUGUAAAGGCUGGAUUAGGUGUCAUUUGCUCUUAAAAUUGUUCUUUGGGUGAUGCAACGGUGGGGUUACCUUAUAAGACGGAACAAAAGGCAGAAUUUUUUUUCCCACGUUAUUGUUUUGUAGUAAAGCCGACUUCUCUUCAGCAAAUUUAACCUCCGAGGUAAUUUUUUUUUUUAAUGAGAUUGUGAGGGUAGCCAUUAGUACGAACGCUUGUGAGUUAACUGAGUAGUUUGUUCUAAAACUGUGAGGUCGUCACCUUUCAUGAGACCUUUCAGUUUCUGAUCUUUUCUGGAGCUAUAAAGUCAAGCGCGAAAUUUCUCAAGGUCCAAAGUGCACUUCCCAGGUCUGGAAGUCUGCUGUGGUUGGUCUAUGUUUUUUUCCGCUCAGGUUAGCAGACGUUUGUGGGGCAGGAACGUGUGAUGAACCCCUAAGAACGUCUGUGUGGGAGGCUAUUGAUUACCUACCUGUAGACAUAUUAACUGCUGUCAUACAUCCAAGAUGCUUUUUAAAGACUAUUAUCUUUCAAGUUCAAAAAAAACAUAAUUUUCUAUUUCAGCUAUUAUGAUGCUACUGUUGAUAGUAUAUCUGAUGACCUCACAACCUGCACUGUCUCAUUUGAUAAGUAUGGGAAUACAGAGAUUGUUAAGGUCAGUGCCUAUAAUUUGAUCCAUCUGUGUACACACGCUCCUUGCCUUAACAAAACAUUGUUAUUUAUAACAGUUUUGCACUAAUUUUGAUUUGUCUCAUGUACGAAUGGUAUUUCAAAUAGGUAUCAUCUUUACGGCAUACAGAUCAAGCCGGAAUAAAAAAGCCAUUAGAGGAAUCAGAAUCGUCCGCAAGCACCUCAAAGAAAUCAAGGUAAAACAUGGACAGACAUAAAAACAGUGAAAAUGACAUGAAAGCUUUUGUUGCACAAUGUAAUAAUAUUACUGCUGGCCAUAAAAGUGGUGUACCCAUAUGUCAUUAUAUUAUUGGGAGUCUUUAUGAAGAAAUGCUACACGUUUUUGGUACAGCUGUAUGUUGACUGCAUAUAAACGACUGAUUUUUUAAUGAAAUUAUCGCAGGGCUGGUGAGAAUGCUCUACAAGAACAAAAAAGAAAGAAGAAUAAGAUGUUAAAGAAGAAACAAAAAGCAAAGGUAGUGAAAUGAAAGGAAUCACAGGGCUCAAAGUUAGCGACUAACUGGUCGCAUAUGCGACUGGAUUUUUGGUUGUGCGCCUAGAAAUUCAUGUGUAAUCGCACCUGUGCGCUGUAAAACCCAAAGCACAGUGCGCCUGACUCAGUUCCGACUAUACUUACAAACUCGAACUACAAAGACGUUGUUUGUUUUAUUGGUCUUUUCUCCCAAUGGAUUCUACGAACUCGCAUGUUCUUUUUCAUUUCGAUGUUUUACUCCAUCCCAGACUCUUCUGUUUUGUAAUAAACACCGCUGACACAUGCAAAUAUAUGCUACGAACGAAACACAUACUUUUUGUGCACUGGACGAUCAUGUCGAACGUUCAGUUUUAACGUCAAUCAAAACAAAAACAGUGCGGAUUAAGAGCCAGGUAAGAAAGUUUUUUCAGUCGUAUUCCAGUUACAUGUAAGUCAUUGUGCAUUUAACAAAUUCAUUAAAGAUUAAUUUUCAUUCUUCUUCGACACACUCAUUGUUGUCAGUUUUGAAUUGUUUUUCAAGUGUAAGUUUUCUUUAGUCAUAACUGUACUGUCAAAAGGAGAAAUUAGUAUCAAAAAUCACAACGGUAUUACUGCGUAGCAAAUCGGCUGUGUUUUAUCAAUCACAGGACUGAAGCAAAAGUAACAAACUGAAGAUGACAAAUAAACGUGGCACUGUUAACCUUUUUACUUUUUCUUUUGAAAUAGAUGCUCCCAACAUUAUAAGCUGUGCUCGUAACAUUUUCAGCUGUGCGCCUAAAAUUUCGGCAGUGUGCUGAAAAAUUUACAUCUGGUAGCACAAGUGCUCCCAAACUCAAAUUUAAACUUUGAGCCCUGAAUCAUAUAUUGUUUGAAGUUUAAAAUUUACCAUGUUUUAUACAUUUCUGAUGUUGGCACGAGUAGUUUCAGAGAACAUAUUACAGUGUAUGUACAGUACUAAUAUUACUAUUACAGCCAUUUUGAAUUUUUUCUUUUUUGUAUUACUUUGUAGGAACUUGAAGAACUGAGGGAAAAGGGCAAGCAAAACUGGCUGGACUUUUUUAACAAUUCAAAGGUUAUUCUCAAAGAAAGAUAGUAGUUACAUCUACAUUCUAUAUAGAACUAGCUACAUAAACAAAAAUCUUUGCCUGUUUAGUUAAUAGUGAUCUUCAUCUUCUCCAGUUUCAUACAGCUGCUAACAUGAAACUGUAGGCAAACAAGAAAAACAUGAACAUAAGACUCUUCCUUCAUCUUCUAACUUACUAACAAAAAAGUUAGAAAUAGGGGAUGGGACAGAAGAAUGAUUUCUUUUUUUAUGUACCGUUAAUUCUCCCAAACUUUAGUCUGGUUAUCAUCGAAUGACUCCUUAACAAUAAUUUUUCAUUGUCCUUAACCUACCAGAAUGUCAAGGAGUCUAGAAACCCAAUGUAAAACAAGUUGAAAGGCACAUGUUUUUGUUUCCAAUGAUAAAUACUAACCUCAACUGAAAUUAAAAUCCUCUAUUAUCACUAUUGUUGUUAAUGACCAGGCCCUGAAUUUUUUGCUUAGUACCUCAGUCAAAUUUUAUUGAUUUUCACAUUUGUUAACAUUUACUACAUAUACAUGUACAUGCAAUGUUUAUAGGGUGGUGGAUCAAGUAAAUCAGGCAAAAGCUUAAAAGGAGUUUCCAAGAAAAGCAUAUUUGCCUCUCCAGACACAAUCCAAGGAAAGGCAAGUAUUACCAACACUAGAAAUAUGUUAUCUCAUAAAUCUUGCAAAGCUGUGAAGGGUCACCAGUGAGAAUAAAGGGAAACAAGCAAAAGGGAAAAAUAUGAUGAAAAAAAGACAAAACAGAAAAAAAAGUUACAAAGAAAACGGAACUUGGACUUAAGCCAUGAUUACCUCCUGCUCCCAGACCACUGGACAAUGCUUCCCCUGGACUAUGAACAACAGAAAAUUAACAGACAUAAAGCAUUUUUUUCUUCCAUUCAUGCUGUUUGAAGCUUGUGGAGCUGUAUUUAUCAUGAAUUCAAAGAUAAAUUUGAGGAAACUUGCUUGAGGUAGUAUUUCAGUCAUUUCACAUCAUUUUCCUGUUUAUUCACUAUCGGGCUCAACAGCCAAUCGAUGUAUGCGCCCGUCUUUUUCUUCAUUGCUCUCACUAAAGUUCUUUUCGCUGUUCUUUUGGUGUUAAAUCUUCCACAGCGAGGAUUUCCAGCCACUUUUCGACUCAGGGACACUAUUGGUUUGCAGCUCGGUGUUAUUUGGGGGAAAUACUUCACGAUUCGCCAACAGUAAACAUAAUUUCACCAAGGAUGAAUAAAAUUAGCCCAGUUGAUGGCAAACCAGUUGUGUUGCCUGGAAACCCAAAAUGGACCGUGACUUCAUGCUGAAUAGCGUCUUUCAGAGUUGUUUAUGGUCUGUUGCUAGGUAACUGCAGCUACCAAGCAGAGAUAUACAUACUCAACUCAACUCUGUCUCACUAAGCGAUCAUGCGCCUUCCACAUGUGAUGUCAAUUUCAACAAAAUUAUAAACUCACUUUCAUGUGGAAUAAAUACCUAAAUAAAACUUAAUUGGGUGAACUCAAUUAUGGGUUGCACUUGAAUAAUUCAGAAAAGAAGACCAGGGCACGCGAUUCAUGUAUAUUGCUAAAGGUGCAUCGUAGAAGAGGAAUUCUGUAAUUCUUCCAAGAAUGAUUUUAGAGAUAAUAACUUGUCAGCCCAGCGAAUGCUUAUUUAUGUCUACAAUCAACUCUCCCCUACCUUGAAAGUCCUUAAAAAGCCCUUGAAUUUUUGGUUAAAAAGGGUACAAACCCGAAAUAUAAACAAUGGUUAAAAUGAUUAUAGAAAAGAAAGGUUCUAAGAGAAAACUGUCUCUCUCGCGGAAAGGUCAACUCAAGAUAUUUUCUACCAAAAAAUUUAAAUCAUUGAUAAAGGCAAGGCAAGUGUGCAAUGCUCUUGUUGCUGCUUGAAUUAUUCCUUUUUUUUCUCUUCCAUUUUGAUUGUUUGUCUUUGUUUAGAAAAGUAACUAUUCUUGCUGUUAUUUGUCAGGUUGGUGUUGGUACUUGUGGUACUGGAGGUCAGCCUAUGACACAGUUCACACAGCCCGAUAAACUUGUUUACAAGAGAUGA